GCAUGAUGCGGACGCGACGGCUGCGGGCGUUAGGCGGGUCCGUCGAAUAGAACUUAAGUGGGAACUUCGCCGAGCUGAACUUUGCACACGCUGUAUAUGUACGUAGGCCGGCCUACUCAGUAGCUGCGUACUACCAGCAUGGCCAAGUAAAACAGCUUAAGCUUGGGGCUGGUGGAAGUUACAUUUAAAUAAGCAGUGCUCUAUGGCAGCACAUUUUCGCUUCAGUCUUCACUCGAGAGAACAAUGGGGGAGGAAUCGGCUCUAGACUGGCAGGAUUUCUGUGGUGGCUCUCAAUUGUGGGAGCCAUCUCUGCUCAACUCCACCCAUCCAGAUCUGUCGCCAUGUUUCCAGGAGACCGUCCUGUCCUGGCUACCUCUCCUCUUUCUCUGGGUGGUGGCGCCCUUCUACUUGUACUACAUGCGGAGGCACGACCGAGGUUGCAUCCAAGUCUCCUGUUUGCACAGGACCAAAAUGCUUUUUGUCGUUCUGUUGAUUCUUAUAUCUCUGGCUGAAGUCUGUUUCACGGUGGUUCAGAUAUUUACUUCAACACAGCCCCCCGCACCCGUUUAUCUCAUCUCACCAGCAAUUGUCACAUUAACUAUGAUGUUGGUGUUCUUCAUAAUCCACACCGAGCGCAUCAGAGGCAGGCACACCUCCGGAGUCCUCUUCUGCUUUUGGCUGUUGCUGGCAGUCUGCGGCGUGGCAGAGUUUAACUCCAAAGUCCUUCUUGCCUUCAGGGAGACAGAAUACGACACAUUCCGUUUUGGGACAUUCUUCGCAUGCUAUGCCCUCGUUCUAGGGCAGCUAGUGUGUUCAGCAAUAGCAGACAGCUUGCCUCUCUAUUCCGUGGUCAGAUCGGACACCAAUCCGUGUCCUGAAGCAUCUGCAUCCUUCUUGUCCAGGCUCACGUUCUCGUGGUUCACAAGCAUGGUUAUACUGGGUUUCAAACGAGCCUUGACCACCGAAGAUCUGUGGAAUCUCUUAGACAGAGACAAAGCUAGGACCGUCGUGCCAAGAUUCCUGAAGGAAUGGGAUAAAGAAAGGUUCCCCAAACGAAAGUCCAGCCGCAGAAAGCAGAAGAAAACGCUACACGUUUCCACCAAUUCAGCAAAGUACACUCAUGCCGACUGGGCUGACGAGGCCUCGGCAACUUGUCACAUGUCUGACGUCCGUCCAAAUGCCUCCCUCCUCAAGGCAAUCGUCAGGACGUUUGGAGGGCUCUUCCUGAUUGGAUCUCUCUUGAAGCUGGUGACAGACGUUCUGGUCUUUGCCAGUCCAGAACUACUCAAGCAGCUGAUCCGAUACACGGAGGACAAGAGCAUUCCACGCUGGCAAGGUUACUUCUAUGCAUUCUUGAUCUUCGCGGCAGCGUUGGUGCAAUCCGUACUCCAGCAUCAGCACUUCCACAUCACCACCACAGUGGGGAUGCAGCUGCGGACGGCCAUCAUAGGGGCCAUCUAUCGGAAGUCUCUGGUCUUGUCCAACUCGGCCCGGCGUUCGGCCACCACCGGCGAGAUCAUCAACUUGAUGUCUGUAGAUGCACAACGCUGCAUGGACCUCUGCACCUUCAUCAACACCCUCUGGGCCUCGCCGCUGCAGGUGAUCAUAGCCCUCUACCUCCUCUGGCAGGUCCUGGGCCCAGUGGUCAUGGCCGGAUUCGCCGUCACCCUCCUGCUCAUACCCGUCAAUGCGAUCAUCGCCGUCAAUAUCCGCAAAUUGCAGGCCCUGCAGAUGGAAGCCAAGGACUCGCGCAUCAAGCUGAUGAGCGAGAUCCUCAACGGUAUCAAAGUGCUGAAGCUGUACGCCUGGGAGAACUCCUUCCGCGACAAGGUGAUGGAAAUCCGUAAGAGGGAGCUGAAGGUUGUGCUCAAGGCAUCCAUCCUGGGAGCCCUGAUGACCUUCAUCUGGACCAGCGCACCGUUCUUUGUCUUGCUCACCACUUUUGCCAUUUACGUCAGCGUGAACGAGAGCAACAUCUUGGAUGCCGAGAAGGUUUUCGUCUCAGUGGCUCUCUUCAACGUCCUGCGUUUGCCCCUGGCAAUGCUUCCAGGCACCAUCUCCCAAGUCAUUCAGGCCAGUGUGUCAGUGAAGCGAAUUCAGAACUUCCUCAAGAGUGAUGAGCUUGACCUCUCCAAUGUGUCGCCCAAUACCUGGGAAAUUGGUCAAACUAUAAUGGUGAAGGACGCUGAAUUCUCGUGGUCGAAAGACGAGAGCCCAGUCCUGCAGAACAUCACCAUGCAAGUCAAGGAUGAGGACCUUGUUGCUAUCGUUGGCCAAGUGGGAGCAGGCAAGUCUUCGCUUCUGUCAGCUCUACUGGGAGAGAUGGAGAAACAACGUGGAACAGUGGCAGUGCAGGGCUCAGUGGCCUAUGUGCCCCAGCAGGCCUGGAUCCAGAACGCCACCCUGAGGGACAACAUCACCUUUGGCAAGCCACUGCAGGAGGACAGGUACCAGACAGUGAUUGAAGCCUGUGCCUUGGUACCAGACCUGGACAUGCUGCCCGGCGGUGAUCUGACUGAGAUAGGAGAAAAGGGCAUUAAUCUUAGCGGUGGUCAGAAGCAACGGGUCAGCCUGGCUCGGGCCGUCUACAGUGACGCCGACAUCUAUCUCCUAGAUGACCCGCUCAGUGCAGUGGACUCCCACGUCGGCAAGCACAUCUUCGACAAGGUGAUUGGGCCCGAGGGCCUCCUCAGGAGGAAGACGAGGGUCCUGGUCACCCACGGAGUUGGCUUUCUGCCUCGGGUAGAUCACAUUAUUGUCUUGGUCGAUGGGGAGAUCACGGAAGCGGGCUCUUAUGCUGAGCUGCUCUCGCGCAACCAGGCCUUCGCCGAAUUCCUGCGGAACUAUAGUAAUGAAGCCUAUGACAAUGAGAGAAAUGAUGUCCAAGGUCCAUUGUUGUCGGAGCAGAUGGCCGUGUUGGGCGAGGAAGGUACCAGCUCCAUCGCCAUGCUCUCCGAAGCAGACCAGAGCCAAAAGUUUGCUGAGUCUGUCAAAAUGGGCUCAAUAUCAGGAGAUUCAGUCAUCCAUGAACACAGACAUCAACCGAAAACAGAAGGCCGACAAAACCUGACGAUGGCAGAAGAUGGCGACACACUAAUAGAAGCUGAGACGUCUGAAACGGGCACUGUUCAGCUGUCUGUGUUCAGAGCUUACAUCAGUGCCCUCGGGAGUGCUGUCUUCUUUGUCGUCGUCCUUUGCUUUGUGCUGUACAACCUUGCCUCGGUGCUGUCCAAUAUCUGGCUCAGCCGUUGGAGUAACGAGGUGCCAGUCAACGGAACCCAGCCAGCCGAGGUGCGGGACCGAUACCUCGGGGUCUAUGCCGCCCUGGGCGUCGCUCAAGGCAUUAUGCUUCUCCUGGCUUCCUUUUUCCUGUCCAUUGGGGUCCUGCGCGCUGCCCGCUCCCUGUACCAGGGCCUCCUGUCCACCGUGCUGCGCGCCCCCAUGGCCUUCUUUGACACCACCCCCAUGGGACGGAUCCUUAACCGCUUCAGCAAGGACACCCACUCCAUCGACGACAUCAUACCCAACAAUCUGGCCGCCUACCUGGCGGCCACCAUCCGGAUCGUGGCCACCUUGAUUGUCAUCUCCUGGAGCACGCCGGUGUUCUGCGCCGUGGUGGUCCCCACGACCGUUGUGUACCUCCUGGUCCAGAGAUUCUACAUCGCCACAUCUCGGCAGCUGAAGCGGCUGGAGUCCGUGACCAGAUCGCCCAUCUAUUCCCACUUCUCGGAGACGAUUGCCGGCACCAGUUCCAUCCGGGCCUACCGCCGGUCAGAGAGCUUCAUCCUCCGGAAUGAACUCCUUGUGGACAGCAACCAGCUGACGUACUAUCCCAACAUAGCAUCCAACAGAUGGAUGUCACUACGGCUUGAACUCCUGGGCAACAUACUGGUCUUCUUUGCUGCACUCUUUGCCGUGAUUGGUCGAGACUACAUCAGUUCAGGGAUUGUGGGUCUAUCUGUGUCCUACGCAUUGCUGAUAACCGGAGCAUUGACGUGGCUCGUGCACGUCACAUGUGACCUGGAAACUAACAUUGUUGCUGUAGAACGCGUGAAAGAGUAUACAGAAGUCAAAACGGAGGCUGCAGCUAUUGUGGCAAACAACAGACCAGACCAAAACUGGCCAGGCAGGGGACGCGUGGAGGUGGAGAGCUACAGUGUACGCUAUCGAGAGGGACUGGAUCUAGUCCUCAGGGACAUCUCAUGCAUUUUCAAGGCCAAAGAAAAGAUUGGCAUUGUGGGUAGGACUGGGGCGGGGAAAUCCUCACUGACUCUCUCCUUGUUCCGUAUCCUGGAGGCUGCCGCUGGCUCCAUCAAGAUCGAUGAUUUGGAUAUCUCCACCAUUGGCCUGCAGGAUCUCCGAUCACGCAUCACCAUCAUACCCCAGGACCCAGUCUUGUUUGCUGGCAGCCUGCGCAUGAACCUCGACCCCUUUGAUCAAUAUUCAGACGAGGCACUGUGGGACGCCUUGCAACACUCUCACCUGUAUGCCUUUGUGUCAGGACUCCCAGAGAAGCUGGAGUACGAAUGCACCGAGGGAGGGGAUAACCUGAGUCUGGGUCAGCGACAGUUGAUCUGUCUGGCCCGCGCCCUCCUCCGCAAGACCAAGAUCUUGGUCCUGGAUGAGGCCACGGCCGCCGUGGAUCUGGAAACAGACGAUCUGAUCCAAGCUACGAUACGCACCGAGUUUGCCGACUGCACGGUCAUCACCAUAGCGCACCGGCUGAACACCAUCAUGGACAGCACCAGGGUACUGGUGCUGGACGGUGGCGAGAUAGCCGAGUUUGACGAACCUACCCAGCUCCUGAAGGCAGAAGGUGUCUUCUACGGCAUGGCCAAGGAUGCGGGAUUAGUGUGAGUGGAGAAUCAACACGGUGAUUUUAAUGAGGCUUUGUUAACUUCUCAAAGCCUAGAGCAUGUUGGCAGAAGGGCUAGGUAUCUAUAAUAUGCAAGUGUGCCUUCUGAAAAAAUCAGGUGAGCAAGUGUUGUUAUUAUGACAUUCAUUUUCUGUCUCUACAGUGCCUUGACAUGUUUUUAUAAAACAAAAUCGGUAGUCUUUAAAAGCAAGCACUUGCAAAAUACCAGUCGUCUGGACAAUCACUCAAGUAACUUCCGUAAAUUAAACCCUUUUAACCAAUUCCCUUCUGCUGGACUGAGGGCAAACUAUUUUAAAGUAUUUCCUUUUCCCUGAAUAGACUGUAAAAUUGGCAGAUGUACAAGUCUUGCUGGCGAGGAAUUUUUUAACCUCAAGUAAAUGUGAUGUGAACUGAUCAGGGUUAUGUCACACGGCAGUAUGUUUGUGUGAAGUAUCUUCAUAUAUAUUCCACCUGUGAUCUCGCAUCAGCAUACCAACCAUGACGGUGUGGUGAUCAAAUUCAUUCCAAGAUUGAUUUGCUAGCCUAUGUGCCAUGUGUUUGCACUCUAUACCCUGUCUUUGGUGAAUGCAGAAAAAUGAUGACAUGAUUUCUGUCCAUUUUCAGAUGGAAGGGUUCACAAUCCUGUGAACAUAUAUUUUUUAUAUUACACAAACAAACCUUACUUAAAUGGGAAAGGUCACAAAAAGGUCAGUGCCUUGAGUAUUCAAGGUAUUUCUGUUUGUGGAUUCUUUUGUGCUUUUAAAGGUGUACAAACUACAUUGAAGUUGACAUGAAUUUUUGAUUGUUUUAAUUACAGACGUAGAGUUGUUUUUCCGUUUUCAUUUUAACCAAGAAAAGUUUUAAAAGUUACUUGUAGAAUGACUAACAAUUUUUGCCACUGUUUCAUGUACUCAUUUUUGUAAGAUUAACACCUACUCAAAACCUAUUGCCAUAGAGAAAAAAGUUUUGCACAGUAACUCAAAGUAUUUUGUUUAGUUUUCUAUUUACUUAAACUUGGCUUCAUGAACUGAAAUAACUGGAUAUGAAGACGGUUUUCAACGGUGAAUUUUGGACCUUAUGUCGUCUGGACAUCUGUGAAUGAAGGUGGAAUUGGUGCUCAUGAGUAAUGCACAUGUAAAAUUGACAAGGCUUCCAAACAUUUACAUUUGUGUGACAGUAAAAAGUAUAAUUAGCUGCAGGAUAAUGUCUACAAGAUGUUGACUGUGAAAUUGAUGAGGUGAUCUCAUUGAUACAAACACUUCAUGGUGCUCUGUACUGUGUUUUGUCAACUGCUGUUACCUUUAUUUUUUGUAAUUAUCCAACAGGGAUGCCAGCGUCAGGCCACAACCUAUCUCAGGCUUUUUUCCCUUGAGAUACUGGACUAAUUUCAGGCUCUAGACAAGAACGUGGCUGGCAUCCCUGACCCGAUUCUUGAAUUUUACAGAUUUCAAAUACACGCUACAGCUUAUUUAAUGCAAUGUCCAUUUCAAGGUCAUUCGUUAAUUUCAUUGAGAGUUUUCUUCUUUAUUUGGGCGCAGGUGAGGUUGUUACUUCGACACUACUUUUGUACCUCAGUGCUGGCAUGAUCGGUUUCCCUCUUUGUUGUUUUAGAAACUUAUUAACAAUAUUUUGUGUAUAACAAGGGAUGUAGCCUAGAAUGUGGCAGCUAGAAAUAUGAAUAGAAUUUUCCUUUAGGCUUUAUUUUCAUCUUUUUACUACGUAAUCUUCCGUUUUUGCACAAAGGUUUAAUUACUGUACAAUGUUUUGUAUCAAAAGUAUUUUGCACCUGUUAGAGCCAUAAAUAUGUGUAAAUCACUGCAGUGCAAUAACACAUAUUUUUACUCCUGGGCUGAAUUAAAAGGAACUUUCUACUUUUA